AUGUCUGGUGCUGCUCGAGAGUCAAAGACAAUACGAGACGACGAGAUCCAGAAAUACGCAAUCUGUGGGCUGCGAGGAGGCGCGGAGAACAGCUGGUCCGGACGCGAAGGGCGAUCGUGGGUGGGAGAGAGCGUGGAGAAGGCGAGGAACAGUGGCUGCGAAAGAAGAUCAGAAACAGGCGACUGCGAAAAUCCUGGGUCCGUGGCUCAGUACACUGCUUCAAAUCCUGCAGGUCGUGAGGGAGGACGUUGUGAGGUUCAAAAUCGAGGGUGA